AUGAGAUCCGAACGGCCAUGCCCGGUGCAAACCCCAACCGAUAGUGCGUCGACGAACGGCGAAUCGUCGCCGUCGUGGGCUUCGUGCUCGUCGACACCCUCAUUCUCAACAGGUGGAUUGGACUUCGACUUCAAUCAAAAGUGCACAGUUAGUGAGGAAUCGCUACAGUUCAGAUCAUCGUCGUCCGAUCAGCUGAGCUCCUCAGAACACCACCUCGGCCGGUCGACUCGUGCAAAAGGGUCGCGCUCAUCUUACGACGGAGAGUUGGGAGUUGCACCACCGUCGAGUCCAGACAACGUAGGUCAGACGACGAGCAAUACGCCAACGUCGAUCACGACGACCGCAGUUUCGAUAAAUCGAUUUACGCAUUUACUCAGGCGUGCUGAAAGCGUCGCUCCGCCGGCGCACGCUCAAUUUCUCAGGAAGCCCGUAUCCAAAACGAAAAGUGCCGAUAUCGCAUGCGAUGAGCCUAGGAAGAAAACGCUGGCUCAAGACGUACGACUGCGUUUGGGAUUUCUGCGGCGAAGGAAUACCGAUACCUCAAUCCGGCCUCCUCCAGAAGAGGCGCAAAAAUGGGCACAGUCCUUUGUUGAACUAACGAAUUCGAAAUAUGGCUUGGCACUGUUCCGUGCUUUUCUCUCACGCGAGUUUAGCGAGGAAAAUAUCGACUUUUGGCUCGCAGUUGAAGAAUACAAGAAAAGUCGGCCCCACAAACUGGCGUCCAAAGCCCGGAGAAUAUACGAGGACUUUGUUGCAGUGCAAGCACCAAAAGAAGUCAAUCUUGAAGCGUCAACGAGAAAUGCCAUACAGGAGAACCUCGACAACGUUGACGUGCACAUGUUCGAUCAAGCGCAGCGCAGGGUCCAGGGCUUGAUGGAACAGGACGCGUACAUUCGCUUCCUACAAUGUGAUCUCUACCAGGACCUGCUGAAACAGUGAGAGGGACUUUAGCUUCCCAACAGUUGAACGAAGUGGAGAAGAAGAAUUCCUAUGU